CGAGUGCCACCUUCACUCUGCAACUCUCCACCCAAGAGAAAGAACAGAAUAACCACGUCAUUAGGUCCCGCUUUAAAUCCCCCCCCCCGCCAUGUUCGGACGUACGUCCACGCUCUCAAGCCACAGCUCCAUGGAGUCAUCCUCCAGCAGCUCCACGUCGCUGUCUUCGUGCUACGCGGCCUACGAGACUGGCAAAAGCUUCGCCAACGUCGACAACUCGCUCGUACCGUCCUUUGCAGCCAUGAACCCGUUGGCACACGCUGGGAAGAGCUCAGACGGACAGCGCUGGCAGCCUGUGCCCGGUCUCUACCACUGCAAGGAGUCGCUGUACUUCCGCUCAGCCGUGGGGCAGCUCCUGCAACAGGCGCACACCGAGAUUUCCCCCACAGACCUGGAGGUGCGCGCUAAUACGCCCGAGUUCCGCGUCGAGGACGGCGACUGGGUGGCCCACAAGAACCAGAGCAAGUUCGCAUUGGAUACGCCGCAGUUCCUCAACUGUGUGGCUCGGAUCCCGGCAGCGCUCAUCAUUUCCCAGCACCAUGUGUCCCAUGCGGUCCCCAGCAAUGUUGUGGGUGGAAUCUUGAGGAAACGAGGCGAGGGAAUUAAAGCAUUUAAAAAGAGAUAUAUGGAACUGGACGGCAGUGUGCUGGCAUACUACAAGAAGAAGCCGGAGAAGCACGGGAUUCCUCUCAGUCGAGACGAGAAGAAAGCCUAUGAAAGAGGAUGUAUCGAUCUAGACAGGGUUUCGUCCCUGCAGCCCAUGGACAACAAGUCGGAGCCUUAUGGCUUUCUACUCGUCACAACAGCUCGAACGUGGGUUCUGGCUGCAGACUCGGAGACUGAAUACCAUCGAUGGAUCAAGGCAUUGUGUGGGGUGGUCAAGUUCAACGCUAUUCAUGUUAUCUAUAAGAGGCAAUUCCAGUUGAGAGAGGUGAACGCCCAAGCUAUUACAGAUGUGAGGAUGGCGGUGACUACCAGUGAUACAGUGGGGGAGAUCGUGGAACACAUUUUCAACUGCUACAAGCAGGCGCUGGAUGCGGCGCCGCUGAAACCAUACGAUCCCACCGAGUAUUUAUUGAAAAUCACAGGAUUUCGAGACUACAUGAUCGAUCGCUACAGGAUUUUGAACGAGUACGUUCAUGUGCGAGAGUGUUUGCUGACGAAGAAGACGAUCAGACUCACAGUGGUGCACAAGUCGAUUAUUCGAGAGACGGCGAUGCUGAAUCUUAAUAUUCGCAACAACCUUCAGCUGGCAGGCGACCCAAGAAUGAACAAAAGCUCGAACCAACUUGAGGAAGCCAUGGAGACAGAGAGAUCUGCGUCGCUACAGAUGACAACGUUAGGAGAGAUUGAGUGGGACCAGUCUCAACCGUGCCGAAAGGGUCCCAUUCCUAGCGUGACAGUCCAAGCGCCUUUUGCGAUCCGGAUUCAUCGAGUGCUCAAUAUUCCGCGUACCACAUGUGUGCUGAAGAGAACCAGUGAAGCCGCCAACGUCAGUCGUGUUGAGCUGGCCAGCGCUAGUGUGAUAGUUCGCAUCGCACUUUAUGACGGAGGCCAGUUGCUCGAAAAUGCCGUCGUGGACACAACCGAUGUACGUCUGAAAGCACAACGGAAUGAUCUGCUGUUUGUCGAGUGGAGCAACCCUGUGUGGCACAAAUUCAACCUUGAUAUUUGCGAUGUGACGCGUACUAUGCGUGUGGAGUUGACUGUGAUUGGCAUCAAGAAGAUCAUUGGCGGUCCUAGAUCAAACGGACAAGAAGAAAAAAUGCUGGUGACUGGAAUUAAUGCGUUCGAGGUUGACGGAGUGCUGGUGCAAGGCUCAAGCUACGUUCGAAUGCUGAAUAACUUGCACUCUUGCGUCCAAGGACCUAUCCCGCAUGUUGCAUUGCCGAACGAGCCGUUGAUCCACGUUGAGUUCUGCAAGUUUGAUGCUCCUAUCGUAUUCGAUUGGAGUGAGAACAAUGUGGUUGCAGCAAGUGUACGUCCGCACCGAGGAAGUAUCGUCCAAAGUAGUCGGUCCAACAUGCUGCACAAGGAAGGAUGGCUGCGUAAGGUGGGGAACUACAAAACGUUAACCCGUUGGCGACGCCGUUGGUUCAUUCUGGACCAGGGCUCGUGCACGUUGAGCUACGCCGACGAUGAGACUGCAUCACGGAAACAGAUUUCGCUGAAAAACUGCUCAGUCAGCACGGCCGAUGACAUGAACCAGACAUUUACUACAGCGCCCGUUAACAGCGGGACACGACGAGUGCGUCAAACGUGGUGCUUUAAGGUGCGACCAAUGGGUUCGUCAAGAGAUUAUAUAAUGUCGGCGGAUACAAAACAGUCUCGUGAGGCCUGGAUGCUUGCAAUUCAAGCGGUAGCGAAUAACGGGACUGUGUUCAGCGAAACGAUCACUCUUAGCGAGACCAACAACGGCGACGUGUUGCUCUUUGAAGAAAGCCCGCGCGCCAGCAAUGCCAGUGAAAUGUUAUCCAGACUAAGUGUAUCGUCCAAGCAGCGUCGUGAGUCUGGAUCAUACAGUAGCGACAGCUCCAAUCAGCGUGACUCGUGUGUACGAGAUCUGCGCAAACUCAUUCUACUGGACCCACUGUAUAGCUUCAGUCCGUACCAGAAGGAUCAGCUAUGGACAUACCGAGAGGAGCUGAUCGACAUGUUCCCAGCACUGCCUCGUGUGUUGACGUGUGUUCACUGGGAUGACCCCGUGGAGACUGAAGAAGCAUUGUCGUUGUUGCCGCGCUGGGCUGAGCCGGACCAUCAAGCGGCGUAUAUUGAGCUGCUUAGUGGUGAAUUCGCUCAUGAAGGCGUGCGCACCUUUGCAGUACAUAAGCUCGGUCUGAUGGCUGAUACGACAUUCAGCUACUUCUUGCCGCAGCUAGUGCAAGCCAUUAAGUAUGAGAACCAUCAUGCUUCACCGCUGGUUAUGAUGCUAAUCGCGAGAGCUAUCAAGAACCCGAACCAGAUUGGUUUCGAUCUGUUCUGGAGCAUGAAAGUGGAAGCGCACAACGACCAGUAUCGUGAGCGAUACGGCACCAUCUUGAAUGCUUAUCUGGACGUGUGUAGCUCGAAGAUGCGUGCUAUUCUGAAGCUACAGGACAAGCUGUUCUCGGAAGGUGGAAUGCUGGAGCGUAUUUGCCAGAGUGUGAAGGCGAAGAAGAAGGACGGCGCUGCUGAAAUGAAGCGUGCGAUGCAGCAAGGAUUGGAGGCGUUGAAUGAACUUCUCCCUGGUUCGUUCCAAUUGCCGCUUGACCCUCGUAUUGAAGUGGGCAAGAUUAUCGUGAGCAAAUGUCGUGUGAUGGACUCGGCAAAGAAGCCAUUGUGGCUGGUGUUUGAGAAUGCCGAGGAGGGCGGUGAUCCGGUCACGGUGAUGUUCAAGGCUGGUGACGAUGUGCGGCAAGAUUGCUUGACGCUGCAGUUGAUCCGUCUGAUGGAUGAAAUGUGGCGAGAAGAGGGUCUGGACUUGGCCAUGGAACCUUAUAAAUGUGUGGCAACUUCCCCCAUGACGGGCAUUCUUCAGAUUGUGCCGAACUCGGUUACAACUGCUGAUGUGCACAAGCGCGGCGGUAUCAUGGGCUCUUUUAAGGAUCCGAUUUUUGCAGACUGGAUCCACGCGAAUAACCCGGAUGCAAAGAGCCACAAGCGAGCCAUAAACCUGUUUACACGCUCCUGUGCAGGUUAUUGCGUUGCCACUUACGUCCUCGGAAUUGGAGAUCGUCAUAACGACAACAUUAUGAUUUCAUCAGCAGGUCGAUAUUUCCACAUCGACUUUGGCCACUUUCUGGGACAUCUCAAGUACAGCGUACGUUUGAUUCUACCGCUUGUUGUUUGCUUCAAGAUUACAUUUAACUUUUUCUUUUUUUGCAGAUGGGAUUGGCGCGAGAGCGCUCCCCGUUCGUAUUCACGAAAGAAAUGGCCUAUGUCAUGGGCGGAACUGAAGGGAAGAACUUCCGUACGUUUAUAGAUAUCGCCAGCAUCGCCUAUAACGUUCUGCGGCGACACAUGCACCUGUUAGUAUCACUGCUGCUCCUCAUGGUACCUGCUGAUAUGCCUGAGCUUACGGGUCGUGAUGACAUCAACUACAUCGUGCAAACUCUGAGACCCGAGCUGUCGGAGGAGCAGGCAUGUGAGUCACUCAAGAAAACUGUCACUGAUUGCCUGAGUAGUUGGUCCAGGCGGUUUGACAACACCAUUCACAACCUCGUUCACUGAUUUAGAUAGUUACAGUAGCACAGGGGAAAUUCGUAGGCCUACCUACGUUCAGAAAAUUUAAGAAAUAUGAAAGUAAUAAAUGUACACGAUUGUUGCAGUGGUU